AUGAGUGGCUACACCAACUACCAACUCCCACCCAACUAUGGGUAUCAGCAGCAACAGCAACAGCAACAGCAGUAUCAGCAAUACCACCAGCAGCAGCAGCAGCAGCAGCAAUACCCAACACAGUAUCCACAGUAUACGCAAACGCAAACGCAGAGCAAUGAUGCUUAUUAUGCAAAACCAGCUCCUGCACCAGUCUCGGCUCCUCUGCCAAACUAUGUGUAUCAACAAUCCAGCUCACCUGCUCCUUCGUUGUACAGCGCAAGUACCAUGUCAAGCUACAGCACUCCCUCUGCUGGAUCAUCGGAUGAUUUGAUGGGGUUCUACAGUCCAUCACCUGCAAUGACUCAGCAGCAGCAACAGUCUCAACAACAGCCCAUGGUGCCUCGUCCUGUGACGCCCGAUCAUACUGCUCGCCAGUUGUACAGACCGGAUUCGAAUGAAGAUAUGCAAGCCAUUGUUGCCUCUCAGGAACGAGCUCUUGUCCAAUCCAGCCAAGGACAACCAAGAACUGUUCCCAUUGUCGAACGCAAGGAUUAUGUCGUUCCAAGAGACGUGAGGGGUAAGCACGUUAUUUCGGAUGGGAUUCACCCAGAGAAGUACGAGAUGAAGAAGUCCCGCAAGCAACGUACUGUUGCUGGGGCCACUUCAGGUGCCAUUGUCGGUGGACUAUUAGCCGGUCCUGCCUUUCCCGUUGGCAUGGCCAUUGGGGGAGCUGUUGGCGGUUAUGCCUCCAACAAGUUGCACAAGGUUCAAGAACGAAGAAGGCAAAGACGCCACGAGCAGCGUACCUUUCAAAAGGGUGCCAAGAACUCUGUGUUUGCCAAGAGUAACAGUUCGUGUUUUGUUUAA